GUUUUGUCAACUGUUGAUCACAUUUACAGUCCGGUUUAAUAACCUGCAUUCUGUUUAAGACUGGUUUCAUCCUGGUGCAGGAUUACAGGUGAAGAAAACUGAGAUUACAUUUGAUAUAAAAGAUCAUGCCAGACAGCAUUCUGGAGGAGAUUUUUAUAAAAAGAUCCCAGCAAAAGAAGAAGACCUCACCUUUAAACUUCAAAGAGAGGUUGUUUGUACUCACUCAGGAUAAGAUAUCAUACUACGACUAUGACAUUGAUAAAGGGAAAAGGAAAGGGCUGAAGGGCUAUGUUGACAUUGAAAAGGUCAAAUGUGUGGAGGUGGUGUUACCUGAAGACAGUGCGCCUCCUGAACGACUCUUCCCAUUUCAGAUAAUCUAUGAUGAAGGUCCCCUGUAUGUAUUUGCAAAGUCAGAUCAAGUUCGAAAGCAGUGGCUACACAAAUUAAAGAAUGUGGUACGGUUCAACAAAGACUUGAUACAGAAGUAUCACCCCUGCUUCUGGGAGGAUGGCAUGUGGAAGUGUUGCCAGCAGGAGGUUAAGCAGGCCAUGGGUUGCAGAGUGCUGGAGACCAAUAAUGGAGGGUUUCCGAGCAGAUGUUCCAGGAAACGUGAUUCCAGGAAGCCUCUCCCACCAACACCACUCGAGGAGGAAAAGCCACCCAGACCACUGCCCCCCCAGCCACCCAUGCCCACAGACUUCAGUGUGGGCAUGACUGUUAUAGCUGAAUAUGAGUACACACAAAUGGCUCCCCAAGACUUGGAGUUGAGGAAAGAUGAGGAGUACAUACUUUUAGAAAUCAAUGAUCCCAACUGGUUUAAAGCUAAAGAUAAGUACGGAAAUGAGGGCUACAUCCCAAGUAACUAUAUUGCUCAGGCAUUGAAUGGAUUGGAGAAACACAGCUGGUACUGCAAGAACAUCAACCGAAGUCAAGCAGAGAAUUUACUCAAAACAGAAAAUAAAGAUGGUGGUUUCUUGGUGAGAGACUCUGGAAAAUUCACUGGAAAAUACACUGUCUCUGUCUUCACCAAGGCUGGUGGGGAUAGUGUUGGCAGCUGCAGACAUUACAACAUUUGCGUCACCACACAAGGCCAGUUCUAUCUAGCAGAGAAGCACAACUUUAGCAGUAUCCCAGAACUUAUUAAUUACCACCAGCACAAUGCAGCAGGUCUGGUGAGCAGACUAAAACACAUUGUGUCAAAUCGGGCUCAGCAUGCUCCAUCCACUGCUGGUCUGGGUUACGGUGGCUGGGAGAUAGAUCCUCGUCAACUAACAUUUAUCAGAGAACUUGGCAGUGGGCAGUUUGGUGUGGUAAAGUAUGGGAUGUGGCAAGGCCGUCAUAAUGUGGCAAUUAAGAUGGUCAAAGAGGGCUCAAUGUCUGAGGAUGACUUCAUUGAUGAGGCCAAGGUCAUGAUGAAACUCUGUCAUGAAAACCUGGUGCAGCUCUAUGGUGUUUGCACAAAACAACGACCCAUCUACAUAGUCACAGAAUAUCUGGAAAAUGGAUGUCUGCUGGACUACUUAAGGGACGGCUUGCAGCACCCCUCUAGCAUUCUGCUCCUUGAAAUGUGUAAAGAUGUCAGCGAGGGCAUGACCUACUUAGAGGCCAAUCAGUAUAUUCACAGAGACCUGGCUGCUAGGAACUGUUUAGUAGAUUCAAAUGGAACCAUUAAAGUGACUGAUUUUGGAUUGUCAAGGUAUGUCCUGGAUGAUGAAUACACCAGCUCUGUUGGCUCAAAAUUCCCAGUGCGCUGGUCACCUCCUGAAGUCCUCCUUUUCUGCAAGUUCAGCAGCAAGUCAGAUAUCUGGGCAUUUGGUGUUUUGAUGUGGGAGGUGUACACUCUUGGCAGAAUGCCAUAUGAUCGGUGGAACAAUACAGAUAUAGUGGAGAAAGUAUCUGCAGGUCACAGACUUUAUCGGCCACAGAUGGCCAAUGACAAAGUUUAUUCCAUAAUGGCCAGCUGUUGGCAUGAGAAACCAGAGGAACGACCCACAUUCCAGGAUCUUGUCAUGGUCAUCAAGGAUUUGCUCUUCAACAUGUAAUAGAUAAUGACCAUAGACAACUACUGUGGGUCGUUGGACAUUUAGGAUACAAUCCAUGUGUAUGGGACAGCAAGAAUCAAUAUAAAGGACUCCAUUAAAUUCCUUCUAUUAAGGAACCCAGUAAUGUGAAUGUUACUUCUUUAAUAAUUUGGCAUGCAUUUAAAAUGUUGCAUUCUUUGUUUUGAGCCAAGGGAAAAGGUGAUUGGAAUGAAACUGAUCAUUUAACAUUUCAGAAGCUAUGCUUCAUUUAUAAAAUUACCCUCUACAUGUUUCAUAUCCAAAUCAAAAGCUACUCUUUAAUAUUUUUAUGUUUACAAUAAUGAAUAAUAACCAGCUACAACAAUUAUCAUAGCAAUAAGAAAUCCAGGAUUGUAUGCAUUUCAUGUACAUAUUGACUGUGUGUUGAAUUUAAUUGUUGAUUUGACUAAGACUUGAUAUUAAGAAUACAAUAUGAGUAAACUUGAGUAAAACCAUAGUUACAAAGCACCACCUAGAAGAAAUCUUCCAGUCUUGGUGUGUAAAUGUUUCUUUAAUUAAAAUCCCAUCCUCUCCUGUUGUUGAACUUUUAUGCAUAUUUAAUUAAAGGCUUUUAUGUUGCUGUGCAAUUAAUAAAAUGAGAGUGGUUUC